AUGCGUAACCAAAGACUAUCUGUGCUUUCUCCUCUGCUGCUCUGCUGCUUCUUCAGGGAGAGCUUCUGCAUUUGUGACGGGACAACCUGGACAAAGGUUGGAUGGGAGAUCUUCCCAGAGGAAGUAUACUACCUGAAACUUAAGGCCCCCUCCUCCCAGUGUCUCCCUUACCCUCUGGAUGGACUCUGCUGCAACUUUGCUAACAUGGACCUAUUCCAGAGUUCCUUAUACAUGACCUAUGUCUUAACACAAGCUCUCUUCUUCAUCCUGUUUGUGUUGUCUGUGCAUUACCUAUGGAUGAAAUGGAUAAAACACAAAAAAAAGCUGAGACAGCAAGCCACUUUGAAGAGCCACAGCAAUGGCCUAGGGAGCCCAGCCAUCUACGACAUUGAACAAGUUCUCUGCAGACUGCUGGCCACGACAUCCAUGAUGACCAAGUUCCUGAAGCAGGUGUCCCAACAUUCUUCCUUUAAGAAAGUUAAGCAACAGCGUCAAUUAAAGAGGAAGAAGAGAAAAGGAGAAAAGGAGUCAAAGGAUCCUAAUGCUAAGCACACUUAA